AUGCAAGCCACCUGGCUACUUGUUUACCUGACCUUGGGCUUUGCUGCUGCAGAGACCGGCUUAGAUGGCUGGCUGCGAUAUGCUCCAUUACCUUGUUCUACUCAAUGCCUAUCCCAGCUACCCGUCAACAUCGUCUCUCUCAACUUGACCAAGACAAGUCCUGUAUAUGUUGCAGGGUCGGAGAUCCAAACGGGGCUCAAGAGUAUUUACGGUGUAAACGUCUCGAGCACUGUUGAUCAGUGCAACUCCUCUUCAUCGGUCAUCGUUGGCACAGUUGAGCAGUACAGCCAAACCUGCGGUUCAACAGUUGGAAUCCCUGAGCUGGCUGAGGAUGGAUUCUGGCUGGACACCCGGGGUCAUUCAAUCCAAAUUCUUGGCCAAAAUGAGCGAGGUGCUCUCUAUGGAGCAUUUGAGUACCUGUCGAUGCUUGCAAGGGGGAACCUCUCUCAAGUGGCCUACGCAACAAAUCCAGCCGCCCCUCUUCGCUGGGUGAACCAAUGGGAUAACAUGGACGGAAGUAUUGAGCGAGGCUAUGGAGGCGAAUCGAUCUUCUUCAAAAACGGGGCCAUUGUUGAGGACUUGACUCGAGUUCAUCAGUACGCUCGUCUCUUGGCGUCGGUCCGAAUCAACGCGGUCGUAGUCAACAAUGUGAAUGCAAAUGCCACCCUUCUCACUCCUCAGAACAUAGACGGACUAGGAAGAAUAGCCGACGUUUUUCGACCAUACGGCGUCAAAAUCGGUAUAUCGCUGAACUUCGCGACUCCCGAAACGUUGGGUGGCCUCGACUCUUAUGAUCCUCUGAAUGCAACUGUCAUCAAAUGGUGGUCCAACAUGACGGACCAAAUCUACCAGAAAGUGCCUGAUAUGGCGGGAUACCUCGUGAAAGCAGACUCCGAAGGAGAGCCAGGUCCACAGACAUACAACCGGACCUUGGCUGAAGGCGCCAAUCUAUUUGCUAGAGCUAUUAAGCCCCAUGGGGGCAUCGUCAUGUUCCGCGCAUUUGUCUACAACCAACUCAAUGAGUCGAACUGGGAUGCAGAUCGUGCGAAAGCUGCAGUCAACUUUUUCAAGCCCCUUGAUGGCAAAUUUGACGAUAAUGUGGUGGUCCAGAUCAAGUAUGGACCUAUCGAUUUCCAAGUCCGUGAGCCCACAUCGCCUUUAUUCGCCAACCUUUUUAAGACGAAUAUUGCCAUCGAAUUGGAGGUUACACAGGAGUACCUUGGACAACAAUCUCAUCUUGUCUACCUUCCUCCUUUGUGGAAGACUGUCUUAGACUUUGAUCUUCGCGUUGACCAUCAGCCAUCUCUGGUCCGUGAUGUUGUGGCUGGCAAGCGUUUCAAUCGUACACUCGGUGGAUCGGCAGCCGUUGUAAAUGUCGGCACCAACAACACAUGGCUUGGAAGCCAUCUAUCGAUGUCGAACUUUUAUGCCUAUGGCCGUCUAGCAUGGGACCCUACUGCAGAUGUGCAGAGUAUUUUACAGGAUUGGAUUCGGUUGACCUUUGGUCUGGAUCGUGCUGUGCUCAAUACCAUUACCGAAAUGUCCAUGCACUCUUGGCCUGCUUAUGAGAACUAUAGUGGUAACCUAGGCAUCCAGACUCUAACCGACAUCUUGUACACCCAUUACGGACCCAAUCCGGCAUCGCAGGACAAUAACGGCUGGGGCCAGUGGACUCGUGCUGGUCCUACGAGUAUUGGUAUGGACCGCACAGUACAAAAUGGAACAGGGUACACUGGGCAAUAUCCUGAGGAGAUUGCAUCGACCUACGAGAAAAUCUCAAGCACGCCCGACGACCUUCUCCUUUGGUUCCACCAUGUCAACUACACCCACAGAUUGCAUUCGGGGAAGUCUGUGAUUCAACACUUCUACGAUGCCCACUACAACGGUGCAGAGUCAGCCCAAGGUUUCCUAGACCAGUGGGAGACUCUAGAGGGAAAGAUAGACAACGAGAGAUACGCUCAUGUUCGACACCGUCUUGACUACCAGACAGGUCAUUCAAUUGUGUGGAGAGACGCAAUCAACGACUUUUACUACAAUCUCUCCGGAAUACCAGACUCUGCUGGACGCGUCGGUCACCAUCCUUGGCGAAUUGAGGCCGAGGAUAUGAAGCUGAAUGGCUACGAUACCUAUACUGUUAGCCCAUUUGAAACAGCCUCAGGCUCUGUGGCUAUUGUCACAUUAUCAAAUGAUACAGUGGGGACAGCGACAACCACACUUGACUUUCCGUCGGGGUCAUAUGAUCUUGCUAUCAACUACUAUGACCUGUACAGUGGGCAAUCAAGCUGGCAGGUCUAUCUGAAUGAUAGACAGGUUGGUCAGUGGGUGGGUGAUGCGGAGGAUCACCUGAGUCAUACACCUUCAAUUUAUCUAGAUGGGCACUCUGCUACUCGAAUCAAGUUCCGAGGAGUCGAGAUCAAUAAGGGAGAUACAUUGAAGAUUGUUGGUACGCCCGACGGGGAUGAACCCGCGCCAGUGGAUUAUAUUUCAGUGCUUCCGGAGGGACUUGUAGAUUGA